AUGGCAGCCACUCUGCAGCGCAUCGAGCGGCUGUCCAGCCGGGUGGUGCGCGUCCUGGGCUGUAACCCGGGCCCCAUGACCCUGCAGGGCACCAACACCUACCUGGUAGGGACCGGCCCCAGGCGAAUCCUCAUUGACACUGGAGAACCAGCAAUUCCAGAAUAUAUCAUCUGUUUAAAGCAGGCUCUGAACGAAUUUAACACAGGAAUCCAGGAAAUCAUCGUGACUCACUGGCAUCGUGAUCAUACUGGAGGCAUAGGAGAUAUUUGUAAAAGCAUUGAUAAUGACACUCCGUAUUGCAUUAAAAAACUCCCACGGAAUCCUCAUACAGAAGAAACUAUAGGAGAUGGAGAGCAAAAAUAUGUUUAUCUAAAAGAUGGAGAUUUGAUUAAGACUGAGGGUGCCACUCUAAGAAUUAUAUACACACCUGGCCACACUGAUGAUCAUAUGGCUCUACUUUUAGAGGAGGAAAAUGCUCUCUUUUCUGGAGAUUGCAUCCUAGGGGAAGGAACAACGAUAUUUGAAGACCUCUAUGAUUAUAUGAACUCCCUAAAACAGUUAUUGAAAAUCAAAGCUGAUAUUAUAUAUCCAGGACAUGGCCCCGUAAUCCAUAAUGCUGAAGCUAAAAUCCAAGAAUACAUUUCUCACAGAAAUAUUCGAGAACAGCAGAUUCUUCAAAUAUUUCAUGAAAAUUUUGACAAAUCAUUUACAGUAAAGGAGCUUGUAAAAAUUAUUUACAAGAAUACUCCUGAGAAUUUACAUGUCGUGGCUGAACGUAAUCUCUUGCUUCAUUUGAAAAAAUUAGAAAAAGAUGGAAUGAUAUUUAGCAACACGGAUCCUGAAAAGAAAUGGAAAGCUCAUCUUUAG